UCAAAACAUUCUAUUUUUGACAAAUUCAAACUCUUUGAACUGCAAAAAUGGGUAAUGAAUUAUUUGAAUACUCCAUAAAAGGUGAUAUAGAGAGUUUAAGRMARWUGUUUGAGGAUCCGGAAAGUGUUUACGUGAAAGAUAGCUCCACAGAGCUGAAUAGACGGGACUCUGAUGGAAAGUCAGCGAUAGACAUGGCUGCCGUGUUAGGACGCACUGACAUCAUUCAGGAAUUGAUUGAGAGAGGAGCUGAAGUCAAUAAUACCACCAAAAAUGGUUAUUCAGCUUUACAUCAAGCAGCAUGCUGGGGGAGGCUUGACUGUCUACGAGUUCUUGURGCAAACAAUGCUGAUCUUCAAAUGAAAACAGAGCACGGUGAACGUGCAAGAGAGUGCGCAAAGCGUUACAAGCAGAUGUCCUGUGUUGAAUUUCUUGAUAUUGCAGAGGCUCAACGAGACCUGUUAUGUCUUAUCACAUCAACCAAAGAAACUAUAGCAGACCCAGAAAAACACAUGGGAAGAUUUACCAAAGAUGAUAGGCAAAGUGGUAAUAGAUAUUGUGAUGAGAAGAAUGAAUGGCUUGAAGCACAGAAAGAUACUGCCACACUUCAAGAUGUAUUAAAGCAGAAAGCUGCUCUUGAAGAGCUGUUGAAACCCAUCCUUAGCAAACUAGUAGACACAGACAAUGAUGUUCUCAAAAGUGGUAAAAAGUAGUACUAGUCUAUUGUCCAGCAUCAUAACGGACUUUAUGCUACAUUAUAUGCACAAAUUUGUUGGGUGCAUUGAUAUCAAGACUCUACAAUGGCGCAAAAUGCUCUAUGCACCUAAGAUUGAAACUUUGUCACAUAAAUCAUAUUUGGUUACCUAUCAGUUCCUAUGCUUCGUCAUCUGUCAACUCAUCUUUUUUUGCAUGGCUAGUGGCAGCUCUGAUUCAG